UUGCAAAACUUUCAAGCCAUCUCAGGCAACGAAGCGCGAGAGAUCCAAGAUCGUACACUCUUGGCCAAGACUGAACGAGACUGCGUCAAGCCGUCCGAGAUAGAGAUCAUCCUUUCGUAACAUAGUAUAUGGACCACAUGGAAGUCGCAACGACGACUACGUGGGAACAACAGCAGCAACACGUUGGCCACGACGUCCAGGAUGUACGAGUAGGAACGUACAGCAGCAGCAGGGAUGUCAACGAUCCAUCGUCGUCCGCCAGCGGGUACUACCACCAACUGGUCGCCCACCAGCAUCACGAGGAACAUCCGUGGCGCGGCAAGACUGCAUUCGGGUUUGCGACCAUCUUGAACCGGAGCGCGGACCACGAUGUCAGUGCGUCGCCCGUGGGGUUGAGUAACAGUAGUCUGCCUUCGUUGCAAGCGUACUCGAUGGCUGGAUCGUCGUCGUCGUCGAUGGACAAGAAAGGUCCAUCCCUUCAUGGCGUGGGCACUCGACCCACGCCCAUCGCUCCAUUGGGUAGCGACGACCUGUCGACUGGUGGUCGCUCCUCCCUCAAGUUGAAGAUCAAGAAGAAGCACGUGGACAUCAGUCCUUCGUUUCACCAAACACCCAUCGCACCGUCCACUCCUUCUGUCGUGAAUGGCCACGCGCGCAAGUUGCCGCUGGCGCCCGCGCCGUUGGUCCAUCCGUUAAACGACGAAGACGACGACGACGACGACGAGAGCGGCGACGACGUCGAGGAGGGCGCCGUGUCGUCCGCGACUGGCGCGGCACUGCGGGGCGGACGCUGGACGUCCGAGGAGCAUGAGCGCUUCCUCAGCGGGUUCCGCCAGCACGGCCACAAGUGGAAGCGCGUGCAGAUGGUCGUGCGGAGUCGCACCGUGACCCAAGUGCGCACCCACGCGCAAAAGUACCUGCUCAAGCUGCAAAAGAUCUCAGGCGAGCCGCGGUCGUCGUCGGACAUCACGUACAUGCAGUCGUUCGGCCAUCCCACGUCCCCCACGCAGUCAUUACUGAGCAACGGCAACCACCACCAUGACGGCGAGGACCUCCAGCAUCAACAACCCCCUCACACCCUUCCGUCGUUGCCGCAUCAACUGCUGUCGUCGCUGUCUCGCAGUCGCCUCCCGCCGGAUGAUGUGCCGGCGGUGGCCACGUGUCCAGACCAACUGCCGUACCCAGUGUCACCGGAUGUGGUGCUGCCGUCGGACGAACUGGCGCACCUGAGUCCCAUGUCCAAGCAACAGCUCAAGCGGCAGCUGUCGACGGGGCGGACGGGAAAGAACCCCCCGAUGAAACGCGUGAAAAAGGCCACCAGCAAGGCGGCAGACGCGGCGGUUAUCAAGGAAGCCGCCCAUGCGUUGUGUCUGCUCAACGCCCAGCAAAUCGACGAGCUUGAAGUGACCGACAUGGAACAACACGAUGAUGAUGCAAGUACCGACGACGACGACGACGACGAGAGCUACUGCGAUGCCAUUGGUCCAGACCUGCCCGAGCAAGCCGCGACGUCCCCCCCUCCUUCCACCACCACCACCCCCCGACCCAUUCCCGUGAAAAAGAAUGCCCCCACGAGCAGCAAGAAGAGAUAUUUGUGCCGCAAGUGCCGCGUGCCCAAGAAAGGCCACGUGUGUGACAUGGGGGGAAGCCAAGAUGGCGAUGACGAGGCUGCCGCCGUCGCCAGCAAACUUGAGCCACUGCCCACGACCGACGGACUCGUCACUUGGCGGUCAGGGGACGAGUUCGAGGUCGUCCAUGCGACACAGUCCAAGCCGCCGACGGCCGCGUGGGUCGUACAUAACAACGACCAGCAGCUCCACAUUGCAUAUUCCGACGCGACUACUACUACUACUACUACUAGUACUAGCGGUAGUCCACCGACCAAACCCGCCAUUGAACGAGACCAGCAGCAACUCCACCCCAUGGAUGGGCUGCCACCGAAAGAGGAGGGUACGGCGUCAUCGCUCAGCGACGACGAGUAGAUGCUAGCCGCCACCACCAUAUAGACAGAUAGAGAUUUUCAUGUAGAAAUAGACCCACACAAUAUAAUGUACCCCCGUCCUGUA